AUGACUACAGAAGCGACGGGUCCAAGGCGGAGUGCACGGAAUGCAGGCAAACCGGCAGCGAGCGCGAGCGCAAGUGCUCGCGCUCCAGUGGCGGUCAAGCGCAAGGCGGCGUCGUCCAACGCUGGCGACAAGAGAGCGAAGCUCGAUUCGCAGCCGGCAAGCAUCGCGAAAGUGCUCGAGAUCGGCGACGCGCUGCCGUCGUUGAAACUCAAACUGGACGAUUCAUCCGAACUCGACACUGCGACACUCAAGAAUGUCGUCCUGUUCUCCUAUCCCCGCGCAAACACUUCCGGCUGCACCACCCAGGCCAAACUAUACCGCGACAACCACGCCGCUUUCACCCGCGCCAACUACACCGUCUACGGCCUCUCGAACGACGCGCCCAGCUCGCUCUCUUCGUGGAAGUCCAAAUUGUCGCUCCCCUACAACCUCAUCUCGGACCCACAGCGUCUCCUCAUCAAAGCUCUCACCGGCUCCAACGACAAGACCAAGAGAAGCCACUUUGUCAUUGACGCCAACGCCAAGUUGGCCUUGGCCCAGUUGAGUGUCAAACCCGCCGAGAGCUGCGAGAGCGCAUUGGCGUUUGUCCAACCCAAGUCUGAUUGA